AUGUCUUCGGUGGCGAAACCCAAGAGUGAGAUGAGUCCGGAAGAGUUGGCCAAACGAGAGGAGGAGGAGUUCAAUACGGGUCCGCUGUCUGUAUUGACCCAAUCGGUGAAAAACAAUACUCAGGUUUUGAUUAAUUGCCGAAACAAUCGGAAACUGUUGGGUCGGGUGAAGGCCUUCGACAGACACCUCAAUAUGAUCUUAGAGGGCGUGAAAGAGAUGUGGACUGAACUGCCGAAGCAGGGAAAGGGACAGAAGAAGAAGUCCAAACCCGUCAACAAAGACCGCUAUAUAUCAAAGAUGUUCCUCAGAGGAGAUUCAGUGAUUCUGGUCCUCAAGAAUCCGUUGGCUGUGACCGAACCCAAGCGCUAA